UCCUCGGACAUUUGACUCGAACGGUUGUAAUGUAAAUGUUUUGUUGUGAAUUGUGCGUUAAAAUUUCUCGUCUUUUUUCUUGUUGUUAUUAAUAAUUAUUUAUCGAAAAUAGUGUCUCUUACGGUGUGUAAAUUAUUUAUUUUACGGAAAACAAUUAUGAAUGAAUAUUUGAUGUGAUUUUGAUUGUGUUUGAAAAUUGUAAUAUUGUGUUGCAUUUCCGCCAUAAUAGAUUUUUCGCGUGUGUACAAAAAUUUUCCCCUUUUUUUCUAAUGAUCUCUUGUUUUGUCGUGAAAAAAGUGCUUAUGUACUUUUAUUUUUAGCAACAGUGAACACAAACUUUGACAAGAUUUAUCCAAAAUGCUUACUGUUAGGAAAACUAGACUGAAAUUAAAGGAGCCCAAUGUGGGUGGAAGUGAGAUGGCAUCCAGGGAGAAAAGACCCUUAGUGCCUUCUAAAUCAAAGCAGAAGGCGAGUGAAUCUAGUAUAUCGUCUCCCGAUAAUAAAACAAAAAAAGGAAAAACACUGCCAAAUUUGAGACAGCAAAUUGCACGCGAUAUUUUAGAAGCAGUGGCAACAGGUAGCAAACUCCCUCCAAAGUUAGAAGCUAGUUUGCCUCGUAAAAAAGCACUCGAGAAGCUUAAAAGAAAUAAGGAACUUCGUUCGAGAGUAACACUGAUUAAAGCGAAGCAAAAAGUAGGGCCCAUUAAAGGAGCAAGAAAAAUUAACACCGAGGCGAAGAAAACAGUGAAACCAAGAAAGGUGAAACAAUCCGCGAGUGCUGAAACUAAACUUAAUGAAUCUGGAGUGAAAGGUGGUACUACUACGGAAAAUUCGAAUGUAAAUACUGACAACAACGAGGGUAAAGGAACUGAGGCGAAUGCUAAAAGUGCAAAGAUUGUUACUAAAACAAUAAAGAAGACGAAGGCAACAAAAAUUUCUUCAGGCGACAACGAAACAUCAGAAUUGCAUGAUAGUUUAAUUAUCCCUAAAGUUAAUCAAAAAACCGGUAAGAAACAAUCGGACUCGCUGAAAAGCGCCGGAAAAACGGUGAAAACAAUCGGGAAAAAAUUGGGUGCAAAGGAAACUGGAAAUUCAGGUGUACUUUUGCUUUGGGACACAAAAAGUACGAAACCGAAGAAAAAUCUUGCCAAGGAUACGAGUUAUUCAUCUCUUCUUAAAAAUACUUCAACGACUGAUAAAACAAAAACAUAUUCCGAGGAUAGUAAAAAUUCGAUAGAUUUAACUAUUGAGGAGGUAAUUGCUUCAAUGUUGAGUGAUCCUGAAAUAGAAGAAUCCGAAGAAAAGGAAGACAGUAAAACGACUAAGACUAAGAAAAUGAUGGUUGGUGAGAGAUCGUUUUGUGAUGUUGAAAUUAAAAAGGAAAAAAUCGACUGCGAAGAUGAGACAACGGAAGGAAGGUGUGAAUCGUCGGGAAUUGAACAAAUUAUCCAAAUGCAAAUUCCAGUGCAGGCGAGGAAAAAAGCAACACCCACUCAACGAAGUCUACGAAAUGGAAAGCUGCGACAACUUUCCGACUCGGGAAUAUCGAUUGACAUUGAAAUGAAGAAGGGAGGAAGGCUCAAUUCUGAUGAGCAUUCAAUGGAACAAGAGAACACAUCGGACGGUAAUAUUGACACUGAAUCCUGCUUUUCCGAAUCGAGUGUCAAUGAAUCGAGAAUCAACGUCCUCUCGACUAAGGACAAUUUAUCCGUGACGACCAAGGAGGAGAAAAAUCAUCUCGACGAAGUUAUUCAAUUUGUCUCCGAAAUUGAAAACAACAACAACAGCGAUCAAGUGGAUACAACUGUUGAAGCUCGUCCAGCUUUACGAUCAAAGGUAAAAACACGAAUUAGCGACGAAAUGCCGACCGACGAGAUGAAAAUCGAAGAUUCAAAAUCAACCGUAGAAUAUCCACCGAUCAAUUUCAUGCAAAUCGUCCAUAUUCCGAAGAGGAGAAACAGUUUAAACACCAGUACGAAAAAAAGAAAUCCCUUCGCCUACAGUUUCGAGAAGAGUGACGGUUCAUCAAAAUCACAAAUUGAUCAAAUGAUCGAGGACAUUAAAUUAACCAUCGCCAAAUCAAUAGAGAGUAAAAUAUACGGACAGGAAAAGGGAAAAGCUUUCGAGGGCUUGAGCAAGAGUUUCGAUGUGCCAAAAAUUGAGGAAGUCGUCGCCCCCCUAAGUGCCGAAGUUCAAAAGGUCGGACUCGAGGAACGAAACGAGGAGGAAAUGUCAAAUAUUGCCGAGCAAAAGGUGAAAUCGGACAAUUCGGAGAAUUCGGUGCCAAAAGUUGCCGAUACAGCCAAAGAAAUUGAAAAACUAGUCAUGGGAGAAAAUCAAUCAGUCGAUUCGCAAUCUCAAAAGAAGAAUACCGAUCAUCAGGAAAUAGUUCAUCAAACGACGAGUAAAGAAAUAGCGGAAAAUGUAGCCAACACCUCCCAAGUGACACAAUCCAGCAAUGAAGUGGCAAUUUCCAAUUCUGAACACGAGAAUAAUUUGAAGAAACCAGGAAGAAGUAAAACUACCCAAGAAUUAUCAUCUGAGAAAAUAGACUGUAUAGUUGAGGAAAAAAUAUUAAAAUCAGAAUCAUCACAAAUUGAGGAUUCAAUGAAUACUUCAAAUCUAACAGCCGACUCGGAAACUAGUAUCGUUUUAAAUAUUUCCUCAAUAACUGAAGAGGAGGUGGAGGAGGAGGUGGAAAAUUUAGAGACUAUUUCAGUUAAAGUUGAAUCAAACGAGAAAACGAAAAUUGUCCAAAUGACACAAGUUCCUCUAUCUGAAAUUCGAAAUUCCGAACAGAAUAAUGAACUGAAGGCCGUUUCUUGUCCUAAAACCGAUUCUGUUUCAUUAAAUGAGGAAAUUAAUUCUCCAAGUGAAAAAGAACAUGUAAAUAGUAAUCAAUUAUUGACUGAUGGCUGUGAUAAUGCUGCAACUAGUGCACAAACAAAAUUGACACACUCAUCUUCUGAGACUGAGAAAUUAACGGCAUCGAACAACGAUAGUUCCUUGAAUAUUACUAAUAAAGAAUCAUCACCAUCCUCAAUAUCAUUAUCUUCAACAUCAUCCUCAACUGCAACAACAACUACAACUUCGUCACCAUCAUCAUCGUCAUCAUUACCCGAGAGUCAAGAUCCAAAGAAUCCAAAAGAGGAAGAGCAAAAAGUCGAUGACAACAAAAGAGUUCUACGAGGUCGCGAGAAGCAAAAGAAAAUCGAACCCAAGGAGGAGGAGAAAUGUGACACAAGUCUCGAAACUCAAAGCAAUGGCAGUUUAUUGACAGAGGAAAAAUGUCAAAAUAAAGCUCAAAGUGAAAGUGAUGUUCCAGUUCGUACGCGACGUACACGCGAGAGUAAAAAACCGGCAGUUAACACAAAUCUCAAGCCUAAACGCAACAGAAAGGAAGUGAAAAAAUCCGAUCAACAAAAUAAGGAAGAGACCCUACUCGACAAUGAAGUGGCAAAAAUAAAUGAAAAUAAAUAUCGAAAAUCCGUCGAGGAGGUAAAAACACCACGUGGCUGCUCAGUACCAUCGACAAACAAUGAUAAAAAUCAAGAAAAUAAAUCACAAGACAAUACAUCGAGUAAUCGAAGUAAAUCGGAGAAUGAUUUAGAGAAUAUGCAAAAUUCACAACGAAGUAGUGCAACAAGUAAUGGAGAAAGUUUUAUGCCAAAGGAUUCAAAUAAUGAAAAUUCAACAUUGGAUAUCGAUGAGAAGAAUGUGAAGACAUUGGAUAAUUUGCAAAAGGAUUCUGAUGAGGCAUCAACGUCGGGCGAAUCGUUGAGCAGUAUAAUUCAGGAGACACCGGAGGAAAAAGCGAGAAAGGAGACUGUUUUUCGUCUAUUGGGACUUGAAUCGUGGGAAAAAGCUGCUGAACGUUUAAAUCAUCAGAAAGCAAAGAGGGAGCAGACAAGCGGUUUGAAAAUGAGAAUUCCAAAGGGACGCGAUAAGGACAAAAUGAGAUCGCGAUCGCCGUUGAAGAUGGUCUUGAAGCAGGGUCGCGCUGACGGUGAAGGAGAUUCACCUGAAUUCUACACCAUUCAAAAGGAGUGUGGAACCAGUGUGGGAGAAAGCAGUUCUGGUGCGAACCGAAAGUUGACUACUAACCACAGACACUCUUGCGACGAAGACAAUGAGGAAUCACAGUCAAAGGAUCGUCAAUCUUUGGUGAUACCAGAAAAAUCCUCAUCGUUUUCUAUUCAUCCUGGCCGUUGUUGUGGCGAUGUUUGUUGUUAUUGCUUUGGAAAAUUUGGCUCGCUCGAUACACCAAUGCAUUUAGCGCAAAUGAAAUCGGACGAGAGACGGCAAAAGAUUUUGAAUCUUGAAAGACAUCUGACGAAAGAUUCUUGUCUCUGCGAUGCGUGUUAUCGUCACAUUGAUAGAAAGGCGAACCAGAGUCCAACAAACAUUCAAACGAAACCACAAAAACAACAUCGACAAUAUUUGGUACCAAAAUGCUGUGCACGUGGCUGUUUAGAACCCGCGAGGCAUCACGUCAGACGCCGUUGGCUUCAAAAAGUUAAGGUCGGCCUUCGAAGCGAGGUUGAUAUAAAUUGGGAAUCGAAUCCACUCACUUCGAUGUCAUUUUGCGUGACUCAUUAUCCCAAAGUCGCAAAGUUCCUAAACUGUGGCCUGUGCAAACGACGCCUUCAGAAGAAUCAAUCUUUCCCAUUAAAUUCUCAGGAGACGAUUGAAUUGAAUCGACGCUUCACACCCCAAGGAAUGGACAUUCCCACAACUGCCGGUACCUUCGUUUGCAAACUCUGCCGAUGCUUCACUUCCCUUCAGCUCAAAUACAAAGACAUUGACAAUAUGCAUAAAACGAAUAAAGAAUUCUACAAGAAAUACAAAGCAAAAAUAUUGAGCAGUCGUCUCUCGGGUGGAAUGGAUAACGAAAUGGAUGACAUGCCAAGUAAUCAAGAAUCAAAGGAGAAAGAAAAGGAGAAACAGAAGAAAGUAAAUAAAAAUCCAACUCAAACGAAAAAUAGUGCAUUGAAUUCAAAACCAUCGAAUAAUAGUAGUAAUUUGACAAAUCCAAGUUUGGAGAAAAUGGCUGUCAAAACGAAUAAACAAGGGGAGGAGAGUUCAUCGCCAAUAACUGUUAUUGGAAGAAGUGAACAACAAGAUAAAAGUGAAAUUAAAAAUAGUGCAAGUACAAGUAAUUCAAAUGAAUCGCCAAUAAGAAAUGAUGUACAAUUUGUCGCGAUUGAAAAGACUAUUGAGAAAUUAAAGAAACGAAAAGCAUUGGAGGCACUUAGUUUUACGAGUACAAAUACUAGUGAGUCUAGUGAGGGUGCAAAUGUCGUUGAAAUUCUCGCUAUGGAUAAGGAAGUUACAUUAACAAGACUGCCAAAGAAGAUGAGAACGAAUAAUGAUAUUACACCGGUUGUACAAAGACUUGGAGCAAAUCCUUCGAUUAGUGUGCGAACACUUUUCCCAGGCGAAGAGGAAAUGAAUCUUCAUGCGAACAUUGAAUUUGGUAAUGUCAGAGAAGUAACGCCUCAAGGUUGGGAAAAAUGUGCAACAAUGAUACAAUAUGAUCGUGAUACAAAAUUACUUUGGCAGGAACUGCAAAGGCCUUAUGGUAAUCAAAGUUCCUUUUUGAGACAUUUAAUUCUAUUGGAGAAGUACUAUCGAUCCGGGGACCUUGUUCUCGCGCCGAAUGCUUCGCGAAAUGCUAUUAAUUAUUCGACAUCGGUGCAUAAUCGUUUGAUCUCUUAUGAGGGACCUGAAAAGGUGGAUGAACCGAUUAUGGAACCGGUGACAAUUGACUAUACGAAUGCAAGGAGAUUGAGUGGAGGAUUUGUCGUUGAAAGGGAUCGCGUACCACCCACGAAUACAACUACGUCUUUCCUCACUACCAGUACACCGAAUCUUCCCAGCACUUCACAAACCUUCAAGACGACUUCCCCACGAACGAUGAAAAUAAAUCCCGGAGUGUCAAUAAUGAAAAAGCCACCAACACUGCAACGAUUGAGUUUUCCAUCGACCAGCGGAGGAGGAUCCAUCACACCGCCAAAACGACAAGAUCCCCAAAAAUCGCCAAUGCAACAGCAACGUCGAGGUAAGGCUUUUGAAUUGAGUGAAAUGAGUGAAUAUAAACGUCUAUUAAAAUUUAAACAACAAAAACAACAAACAUUGUCAGAGAAGAAUUCGCGUAAUAUUAGUAAUGGUCCAGCGGGCAUUGGUAAUAAUACACCAAGUCCAUUACCCGGUCUAAAGCCAGUGUCACAAAAUCAAAAAUCUCACUACGUUCCACAAACACAAUUUCAAAAGCAUUUAAGAAUGCAACAAGAAAUGUUAAAUCGACAGAGUCGCAGUGAUUUUGAACCACUUGUUUGUGACAUGAGACAAUUAUCAAAUGAAAAUACACCGACGCAAAAUUUCCUCGGCAAUCUAAAUCUACCAAAAUCAAUUCAAGUGACAACAAAACCAUCAAUACCAAUUCCAAUAUUGCCGAAAAUUCCAAAGUCCUUAACCGUGAUACCACAAACAGUACCGAGACCCAUCGAAAAGUGAGAUUUUUUUUUAUUUUUUUCCUAAAAAAAAAUAAGUCGGACGUAAUUUAUUAUAUCGGCUAAUAAAAAGCCUUUUGUCACUGCGUGCUACAAGCUGCCUCUUGGAUAAUAAUUAUUCUACUUCUGCCGUUUGCUCCAUAAACUUGAUUAUUCACGAUUAUAUAGAUUAUAUUAUAGAAAAUAUAGUCGUAUAUUUAAUAUAUACUAAAUAUCGAGCACGGAAUAAAGAAAAAAAGGAGUGGAACUAUUAUACCGAUGUAAGUUUGUAACCAAAGCUCUGACGUGAAUGACAAAAAAAAAACAUAUAAUGUAUCUAUUUUCGAAGAAAAGUGCCUAAAAAAAUGAAUGACACGCGAGAGGUCGUUAAUUUCUAUAUUAUUCUUAAUUGCUUAAUUAAUCGAUAAUAUAGGCUUGUAUACAUAGUUAUAUAGACUAUAUCUAUAUAUUUAUAUAUAAUACAAAUAUACAGAUAUAUAGAUAUAUAGACAAAAAAAAUAGAAAAAAAACACGACUCGUCAAUAUAGUUUAGUUUAAAAUUCAUAUCAUAUAUAUAUAUAUAUUAUUAUUAUUACUAUAUUAUUAUUAUUCUUCUACAAAAGUUUCUUUAUUUUAAUUUUUUGACGAUUUUCAAAAAAUAAAAAAACCGUUUAAGACGAAAUUGUUUAUUGACGAACAUUGAGAAAAGCAUUCGUUUCAUGAAGAUUUAAUUUUCUUAUAUUAACUGCAUCUUUGAAUUCAGCGAACAAAACAAAGAGACUGCUU